AUGACGGCGGUGGCGAACCUGUCGUCGAAGGCGCUGGAGCCGACUGUGAAGCCGCUGGCGGCAGCAUGCUACGACAACAACCUUGUGAACUCGCAGGGCAUGUUCCUGGGCGACCAGCCGCUGCGCUUCUCCCUGCCGCUCCUCCUCGUCCAGGUCUCCGUGAUCCUGGUCCUCUCCGCGGCCGCGCACCUCGUCCUCCGCCGCCUCGGCCAGUCCCGCUUCGUCACCCACAUGCUCGUCGGCAUCUUCCUGGGGCCCUCCGUGCUCGGCCGGAGCGCGUCCUUCCGCGACGUGCUCUUCUCGGAGCGCGGCACGUACAUCCUCGAGAGCGUGUCCCUGGUGGCGCUCAUCCUCUUCCUCUUCUCCAUGGGCGUCAAGACCGACCUCAGCCUCCUCCGCCGCCCCAGCGGCCGCGCCAUCGCCGUCGGCAUCAUGGGCGCCGUCGUCCCGCUCGCCGUCACCCUGCCCGUUUUCCACGCGCUCCAGCCCACGCUGCCCGAGGACCUCAAGGGCUCAUCGCUCAUCAACGAGCUCGCCGUCGCCGGUGUUCACGGCCAAGAUCCUGGCUUCCUUCGUCGCGUUCGUGCUCUUCGUCGCCUUCGUCGCGCGCCCCGCCGGCCGGUACAUCGCGUACAAGCGCACCCCGACGGGGCGCGCCUCUCGAGGAUCCUUCGUGGUGGUGGUCAUCGCCGCGCUGCUGUCGGCGCUGGUGACGGACGCCAUCGGGUUCAAAAUACAUGA